AUCUGCAUUCAAUAUGCUCUUGCUAUUACCUUAAAGUACCAGUUCUAUGUCUUUCUUUUUUCGCUAAAUGCAUAAGUCUAAUAAGUUGUUUUUAAGUGUAUAUAUGUUGUAUCCAUGUAAGUGAAACUACUGAAACAGUCAUGAGAUUGUUUGCUAUCAUCACAUCUUCAUAUCAUGAAAAUUGUACAAGCUACAUCAUAAUUGUACUCCCUACAUGUCUUACAAAAGAGAAUUUGGGGAAAAAAUCAUGAAGUUAUAUUUCAAAUCCCCGAAAAUGUAACAUAUACAUGCAUUCAACAAUUUAUGCGGAAGAUGUUUGAGGAAAUUAAUUAUCAGCCAAUAUCGAUAAAAUCCCAAGAUUUCUGAAUCAAUCCACAUACAUAUAACAUGUUUCAAUACCGGUAUGUGUUUCUAUUGGCAAUUACUGCACACUUGACAGUCACUGAUAAAGGACCCUGCACAAGGUUCUAUAAGGAGUGCUGUCCUAAUACCCGAUGGGAUCCAGUUGCUGAAGCUUGUGUUGUAUGUUCAACUGGAUAUUUCUGGAUCAACUGCAGUAAACCAUGCCCAUAUCCCACCUAUGGAGAAAGAUGUCUACAAAAUUGUUCCUGUGACAAUGAAACAUGUGAUUUCAUGAGCGGAUGUACCUUUAGGAAUGUCACAGGACUUCUAUGCAGAAAUGAGACAACGAACAUGGUGACACUUGCCUCCUCUGCCAUCUCGGACUCCAUCCUAUUCAAACUUAUAAUGGCUGCUUUGGCGAGUUUGGGAAGUAUCGCCUUGGCCUAUUUUACAGUUGCAAUACUCGAAAAAUUCAAACGUUCAACGUCCAAAACCAAUGAAGAACCAAUGUACCAACUGAAUACCGUAUAACAAUUUUAUGUACAGCAUUUAAUGUUAUCACAUGAAGUAUUGUAACCUUGUCUUAUAUAGUCUGCUACUUCUCGAAUGACAUGUGAUUGAUAUAUUUUAUCUCCAUCA